GCCGGCGGUCGGUUGGGUCGGGAGAGCGCAGGGAAGUCCUCUCCGGGGGCUGCGCUGAGCGGGCGAGCGAGCGAGCGGGCGCGAGGACGAACCGAGACCCGAACGCGCGCGGGCCGAGCCGAGCCGGGGCCGAGCCGGAGCCACGCGCGGCCGGGCCGAGCCGAGCCGUGCACAUGCGUGUGUGUGAGUGUGAUUUUGGCUCAUAGUGAGUUACAGUGACCAGUGACAGUGGAGUGCACACACCUUGCAGUGGAUUUUUCCUCGCCCCCGCCUCGGCAUCACAAUGGCCAGGAUGCACGCGUAGUCCAGGGGGGGAUGCCCGCGCCCCCCCGGCCCCGGGGGCCACAGGCGGGGCCGCAGGUCAAGGCACGGGCCCGCGGGCCCCCGGGGGGCUGGCUGUGCGCGCUCGUGCUCGUGCUGCCCCUCACCCAGGCCGCGCUGCCUCCCGUCAUCAGAAUAGGAGCCAUCUUCACGGAGGACCAGAAGGACAGCGCGGCCGAGCUCGCCUUCAAGUACGCCGUCUACCGGCUCAACAAGGACAAGGUGUUCCCGAGGAGCACCCUGGUGUACGACAUCCAGCACGUGCCCAGGGACGACUCGUUUCGCACCUCCAAGAAGGUGUGCCGGCAGAUGGAGAUGGGCGUGCAGGCCGUGUUCGGGCCGACGGACCCGCUGCUGGGCGCGCACAUCCAGAGCAUCUGCGAGGCGCUGGACGUCCCCCACCUGGAAGCGCGCCUCGACAUGGAGCCGCACACGCGCGAGUUCUCCGUCAACCUGCACCCGAGCCAGCACCUCAUCAACACUGCCUUCAAGGACCUCAUCACCUUCCUCAACUGGACCCGCGUCGCCAUCGUCUACGAGCAGGAGCACGGCCUGUUUAAGCUCCAGGAGCUUGUCAAGUCGCCGCCCAGUGCCCGCACCGACAUGUACAUCCGGCAGACGACCCCGGCGACGUACCGGCAGGUGCUGCGCGAGAUCCGCCAGAAGGACAUCUACAAGCUCAUCGUGGACACGAACCCCCGGCACAUGCACAACUUCUUCAGAGCGAUCCUCCAGCUGCAGAUGAACGACUACCGUUACCACUACAUGUUCACCACUUUCGACAUGGAAACGCUCGACCUAGAGGACUUCAGCUACAAUAACGUCAACAUGACGGCCUUCCGCCUCGUGGACGCCGACGACACGGGCGUCCGGGACGCGCUGCGGCAGAUGGAGCGCUUCGCGCCCAUCGGCCACCAGAUCAUCAACACGAGCGGAAUCAUCCAGGCCGAGCCCGCGCUCAUGUACGACUCGGUGCAAGUGUUCGCGCGCGGGUUGCUCGCCAUGGAGGCGGCCUCGGUGCACGGGCCGUCGCCGCUGCAGCCCGUCGCGCAGCCGCCGCAGUCGCUCGCGCUGCGCUCCUCCAACCUGUCCUGCGAGCUGGAGCGGCCCUGGGACGACGGACUCAGCCUCUACAACUACAUCAACACGCAUCCAGUUCGACAACGGCAAGCGCUCCAACGUGAAGCUGGACCUGCUCAAGCUCAAGCACUCCAAGCUGCGCCGCGUCGGCCAGUGGGUCUCCGGCAAGGGCAUCAACAUCACCGACCCCACCGCCUUCUACGGCCAGCAGCGCACCAACAUCACACUCGUCGUCAUGACGCGCCAGGAGAAGCCUUACGUGAUGCUGAAGGAGGACCGCAACCUGACGGGCAACGCGCGCUUCGAGGGCUUCUGCAUCGACCUGCUCAAGUGGAUCGCCCACCAGGUCGGGUUCCACUACGCCAUCCGCCUGGUGCCGGACCACAUGUACGGCGUGUACGACCCGGCCAGCAAGCAGUGGAACGGCAUCGUGAGAGAGCUCGUCGACAAGAGGGCGGACUUGGCCGUGGCCUCCAUGACCAUCAACUACGCCAGGGAGAGCGUCAUCGACUUUACGAAACCGUUCAUGAACCUCGGCAUAGGGAUCCUGUUCAAGGUCCCGACGUCCCAGCCGACGCGACUGUUCUCCUUCAUGAACCCGCUGGCGGUGGAGAUCUGGAUCUACGUGCUGGCCGCGUACCUCCUGGUCAGCUUCACGCUGUUCGUGAUGGCGCGCUUCUCGCCCUACGAGUGGAACACGGUGCCCAACUGCACGGGCCGCGGGCAGCCCGAGGUGGUGCACAACCAGUUCUCCGUCUCCAACAGCUUCUGGUUCAUCACGGGCACCUUCCUGCGCCAGGGCUCCGGUCUCAACCCCAAGGCGACCUCGACGCGCAUCGUGGGCGGCAUUUGGUGGUUCUUCACGCUCAUCAUCAUCUCCUCGUACACGGCCAACCUGGCCGCCUUCCUCACCGUCGAGCGGAUGAUCACGCCCAUCGAGAACGCCGCCGACCUGGCGGACCAGACCGAGAUCUCGUACGGCACCUUGGAGGGCGGCUCCACCAUGACGUUCUUCAGGGACUCCAAGAUAGAAAUCUACCAGAAGAUGUGGCGAUUCAUGGAGAACAAGAAGCCCUCCGUGUUCGUCUCGACCUACGAGGAGGGAGUGAAGCGUGUGCUCCAGGGGAACUACGCCUUCCUCAUGGAGUCCACCAUGCUGGACUACGCGGUGCAGCGGGACUGCAACCUGACGCAGAUCGGCGGCCUCCUGGACUCCAAAGGCUACGGCAUCGCCACCCCGAAAGGGUCGCCCUGGAGGGACAAGAUCUCGCUGGCCAUCCUGGAGCUGCAGGAGAAGGGCGUGAUCCAGAUGCUGUACGAUAAGUGGUGGAAGAACACGGGGGACGUCUGCAACCGGGACGAGAAGAACAAGGAGUCCAAGGCGAGCGCGCUCGGCAUCGAGAACAUCGGCGGCGUGUUCGUGGUGCUGCUGUGCGGCCUGGUGCUCGCCAUCUUCGUGGCUGUGAUCGAGUUCUGCUGGAACUCGCAGAGAAACGCACGACAAGACAGGAGGUCGCUGUGCUCAGAGAUGGGGGAAGAGCUGCGCUUCGCGCUGCGCUGCUUCGGCCCCCGGCAGCGGCCGGCCGUGAAGCGCUGCCACACGUGCCACCACAUGACGCCCAGCUACGUGCCGGGCACGAGCAUCGACCUGCAGACGUUCCAGCUGCACGGCCAGGGCGAGGCGCACGGCGGCGGCGGCCACGGGGGGCUGGCGCACGGCCUGCUGCAGCCGCACCACGGCCCGCCCAGCCCGCUGUCGCACGCCAUGGAGAUGGUCACGUUCCAGCCGUCCUAGGGGCACGAGCGGCGGCGCCGACCGGUGUCCGCCGCCACCUCCCGCCAGGCGCUCAACGCCGACGUGGACGUGCUGCCCGACCAGCUCGUGGCCUCGGCCUCGUCCUCGGCGCUGCACCACCUCGCCGCGCUGCCCGGGCCGGCCCCGGACGCGUGCGGCCCGGACUGCGCCGCCGCCGAGGCCGCGGCCCACCAGGACCAGGGCCUCCAGGGCCUCCAGGGCGGCCUGCAGGGUCUCCAGGGCGGGCCGCAGGCGCCGCCGUGCGCCGUGCACUCGGCCCCAGGAUGCCGCCGCCGGUUCUGAAGCACGACGCCAAAGACUCGCCGCACGGGCGUUGUUGUGUUUCCUUGUGCUUCCUCAAAAACAACAAAAAACGGACAGGAGUUUAAUAGUUUCGUUUAUGUAAAAAAAUAAAUAAUUAAAAGUCACGGGGGCAUCCCCCGUGCUGCGCCGAAUAGAGAGUAAAGAGACCAUCAGAGAAAUGGAAAGUGUGUUUGUUUUUAUUUUGUUUUGUUUUAACGUCCGCCAGGGUGGAUUGUUUCGUAGUGCGAGCGUUUGAGCGAUGAGAAACACGCCACACUGUCCAGGUGCCUGGUACCUCGCGCGGGGGUAAAUCGAAACGACGUCGAAGACGUGUCGGCAGUCCGAAAUCUGACGUCCCGGCGACAUGUCGUUUGGACAUUGUUUCGACUGUGAGCGCUAACUGGGCGGGGCACCCCUAUCUCCCCAGGCUGUGACCCCCUGACCCCGACCUUGACCCAGGAACUGGACAUCGAUGACGCGACUGAAACGGAAGUGACGGUGACGGACAUGACAGCCAGCGACAGGUGUGACUGAAGAGACGGAGGCUUCCGGACCAAAAGGUCGUCAUCGUAUCGGCAUCAUAUCAUCCUAACAUUGCGCACACUGUAAACUGACAGAUGAAAACUUUACUCCAACUCGUAUGUAUAUCAUUUCCCUGUUUCGUUGAGGUGUGAGUGUGCUCCAAUCAUCAAUAUUGGACUGAUUUGUACAUGAGUGUGAAAGAGUGUGUAAGUGAGUGAGGAAAGUUGAACUCAACUCGUCCUCACUUGUUUGUUCUCUGUAAAUUAUAUUUAAAAAAAUGUGAUGGGAUCAUGGGUCCUGUACUGAAUCAUCUCGUGUCUGUACAAAGUAAUGCAAAGUCAGCACACUUUUUUUUUGUUCCCCAAGGGAAUGCAGGAUACCUGCAGUCUCUUCUCAUUGACAGAACCAAUGCCGCAGCGUCAACCUAAUUUGGAAACAUGCAUUCAGUCAGUUAUUUGAGAAUACAGUUAAUUUUAUAAUGUCUUUGAGUACGGACCACUUUAAAGCGUUGUAGAUGUAUAAUUAGAAAAAUAGAACAAACAAAAAUCACGAACUGACUAUGAGUCUCUUCUUUGUCAUGAAAUUUGACUGAGGAAAUGUGUGAGCCUACCAAUGCCAUGUAAAGACAGUUCCUUAUGUAAAUCGUAAAAUGUGCUGACUUAAGCUUGGAGACGAUGGGUUACUAACAGUUCCCAUAACAUCUUACCUAAAGUUCAUGACCGAUUGGCGAAAAGGCCCAAUCUAAAGUCAGCCUAUUUUCCGACACUGUCACAUCUAAACGCCACAAUCUGCUUCACUCGCCUAGCAAUGUUUUAGGGGUCCAAAACCUUCUUACCUUGCUGGUUUCUUCAUAUUUCAAGACAUACCAUGUUUUCUGGUCUUUGAGUCAAAGCAAAAUAAACACGAGAUUCUUUUUCA